AUGGGCAACCAGGAGGCGACCAGGCUGUACGGGCAGCUCACGAGCGAGUGGGCGAACGGCGCUGGCGACCAGGCCAAGAUCAGGUCUCUCCUCGCGCAACUCAAGAUUGAGCUGUCCGAGCUGGGCCUCCUCUUCCCCGACGCAAAAUCACACGAGGCCGGCGCGUUGACAACGGCCCGCGAAGUCCUCGAGAUUGGCGCGCUGUUCUCGAUCCGAACAGACGACAUUCCGGCUUUCGAGCGCUACCUCUCCCUCCUUUCCGCCUACUACUCCGAUCUUUCCUCCCACCUCCCCCGCUCGCGCCUCGAACCCUCCAUCCUCGCCCUCUCGCUCCUUCGUCUCCUCUCGCAAAACCGCAUCGCCGAGUUCCACACGCUCGUUGAGACGCUGGCAGAAGAUGAGGGGCAGAAGAAGGAUGUGUUGGAGAGUAAGGAGGUUGGAUGGGUGAUGCAGCUCGAGCGAUGCCUGAUGGAAGGGUCCUACUCGCGCGUCUGGUCCCUCUGCAGCUCCUCCUCGCACCACUCCUCCCUCCCCGUUCCCGAGUUCGCCCACUUCACCUCGACUCUCCUCUCCACCGUUCGCUCCGAGAUCGCCGCGUGCGACGAGCGCGCGUACGAGAGCUUGCCGCUCAGGGAUGCGAAGACGUUGUUGUUCUUUGACAGUGAGGCGGAGGUGAAGGAGUUUGCGAAGCAGCGCAACUGGCAUCUCGACCCCUCGACCUCGCUCCUCCACUUCCCCUCCUCGCCUCUGCACCCCUCGAACCGCACCGCACUCGGCAACGUUCCCGCGACGCUCGCGACCGGCGCAGACGGCAGGGAGCUCGACAGGAGCAAGGUGGUCGAGGCGACGCUGCGGUACACGAAGGAGCUCGAGACGAUUGUCUGA